GCCUGUCCCGAAUCUUAUGAUGGCUUUUAGUGUGCAGUUUUAUUAUGCAUGUUGAAUUUACAGGGUAGUUUCUCCCAGGGCAGCGGAGUGGAGAGGAGGAGCUGAGCUGCGCUGCGCUGCGCCGUGCAGCUACUCACCUCAGACUGAAUCCUGUCUCCACCUUUCAUCCUUCAACUUGUCCCGCGCGAGGAUGGAUGCGUUUCGGACCCGGCGAAGAGUCUGAGGAAUGCGGUGUGACCGGGGGGGCCGGCGAUAACCGGUGCGUCUUUGGGCGUCGGUGAUGUUUGCAGUUGGCGACUGCAGAAACUGCCAACGUGUCGGCGAGUCGACAGACCAACAGCUUUGCUGGUGCGCUCUUGGAGAGAGGAUGAACGGGCAUGUGGAUGAAAUAACUGUUAACUGAAAUAACCGCGGCUGCAGUAACUGUUUCUUAGUUGUUUUGGUUAACUAACUUUAAAAAAAAAAAAUAGCCAAUUGUCACACAGUCUCAUAAGUGAAAACGGGACUGACUGAGUAAUUAAUUGAUUGUUUGCCUGAGGAGGAAUUCAUGCGCCGAUAGCUUACGAGGCCAAUAUGCCAGAAUGGCUCCUCUACAGUAUUUAUUUCUCUGUGGACUUCUGUACACCCAAACCGACGGGUCUCGCCUUCGCCAGGAAGACUCCCCUCCUCGCAUCGUGGAGCACCCUUCUGACCUCAUUGUGUCCAAAGGGGAACCAGCCACUCUCAACUGUAAGGCAGAGGGCCGUCCGACCCCCACGGUGGAAUGGUACAAGGAUGGGGAGCGCGUUGAGACGGACCGCGACAACCCUCGAUCCCAACGCAUGCUGCUGCCCAGCGGGUCCCUCUUCUUCCUGCGCAUUCUCCACGGACGGCGGAGCAAGCCAGACGACGGCAGCUACGUGUGCGUUGCCCGAAACUAUCUGGGGGAGGCCGUGAGCCGGAACGCAUCUCUAGAAGUGGCAUUGUUACGGGAUGACUUCAGGCAGAACCCACAGGAUGUGGUGGUGGUAGUCGGGGAGACUGCCAGUUUUGAUUGUCAGCCUCCACGUGGACAUCCAGAACCCGUCACCUUCUGGAGGAAAGAUAAGACUCGUCUUGACCUCAAGGAUGACAGAAUCACGGUUCGUGGUGGAAAACUUACGAUUUCAAAUACCAAGAAGAGUGAUGCAGGGAUUUAUGUGUGUGUGGCGGCCAACAUGGUCGGGGAGAGGGAGAGUGAAAAAGCUCAGCUCUCAGUGUUCGAAAGACCCGUGUUUGUGCAGCGGCCUGUGAACCAGGUGGUCCUGGUCGACGAGAGCGUAGAGUUCAGGUGUCAGGUCCACGGUGACCCGCCGCCCACACUGCGCUGGAAAAAGGAGGACGCAGAUAUUCCCCGCGGCAGGUAUGACAUGAGAUACGACAAAGAAGACUUGCUGCUGAAGAUAAAGAAAGCAUCAGUCAGCGAUCAGGGAACGUUCACCUGCCUGGCAGAGAACCGCGUGGGUAAAGCAGAGGCCUCGGCCUACCUGACUAUCAGAGCUCGCCCCGUUGAGGCCCCUCAGUUUGUGGUGCGACCCCGUGACCAGAUCGUGGCCCAAGGACGAACGGCUAUAUUUCCCUGUGAGACCAGCGGCAAGCCCCAGCCUGCCGUCUUCUGGCAACGAGAGGGUAGCCAGGAUCUUCUGUUCCCCAGUCAGCCAUCACAGGGUGACAGCCGUGUGUCCGUGUCUGUGAAUGGAGAGUUGACCAUCUCAUCUGUACAACGCUCGGAUGCAGGGUAUUAUAUCUGCCAGGCUCUCACUGUGGCAGGCAGCAUCAUGGCCAAGGCCCAGCUUGAGGUAGCAGACGCCCUGAAGGACCGCCCACCACCCAUCAUCCGCCAGGGCCCGUCCAACCAAACACAGGCGUUGGGAGGCGUGUCCCUGCUUAGGUGUCAGGCAUCAGGAGACCCAGAGCCCACAGUCACUUGGCGAAAGAAUGGGGCCAGUCUGCUUGGAAAGGACUCAAGGUUUUCUCUGCUGGAGCAUGGCAGCCUUCAGAUCCAGAGUACCAAGCUGUCGGACUCAGGUUUGUACACGUGUGUUGCAACAAGCUCCAGUGGGGAAACAUCUUGGAGCGCCUACUUGGAUGUCAAAGACUCCACUGACCUCGUAGACUUCAUGUCUCACAAUGCUACCGCCCUCCCAGGGCCUCCCUCCAAGCCAGAGGUCACUGAUGUUACCAAGAGCAGUAUCUCGUUGUCAUGGGAACCAGGGCCAGAGGCCGGCUCCCCAGUGUCCUCCUAUGUCAUAGAGGCUUUCGGUCAGUCAGUGAGUAACAGCUGGCAGACAGUGGCAGAUCAUGUGAAAACUACCAAGUUCACAGUCAAGGACCUUCGACCCAACACAGUCUAUCUGUUCAUCAUCCGGGCGGUCAAUGCUCAAGGGCUCGGGGACCCAAGCCCAAUGUCCGAGCCUGUCCGGACUCAAGACAUUAGCCCUACAGCUCAGGGAGUCGACCACCGUCGUGUCCAGAAGGAGUUGGGGGAUGUGGUGGUCAACAUGCAUAAUCCUGUAGUCCUUAGCUCCACUUCAGUGCAGGUCACAUGGACGGUGGAGAAUCCAUCCCAGUUUAUUCAAGGCUACCGCAUUCUGUACCGGCAAACGUCCGGGCUGCCCUCCCCAGGCCCUUGGCAGAUACAGGACUUGAAGGUUGCCUCAGAGAGGGACAUAACUCUCUCUGGUCUGAAGAAAGGCAUCGUCUAUGAGAUUAAAGUGCGCCCAUAUUUCAAUGAAUUUCAGGGUGCAGACAGUGAAUCCAUGACAGCACGCACCAUGGAAGAAGCCCCCAGUGCGCCCCCACAGCAAGUGACAGUGUUGACAGUGGGAAGCAAUAACAGCACAUCCAUCAGCGUGUCAUGGGAUCCUCCUCCCUCCGACCAACAGAACGGCAUCAUCCAGGAGUACAAGAUCUGGUGUUUGGCCAACGAAACCCGCUUUCACGUCAAUAAGUCUGUGGAUGCAACCAUCCGUUCAGUGGUAGUCGGGGGUCUGCAGACGGGAGUGCAGUACCGAGUGGAGGUGGCUGCAGGCACCAGCGUGGGGGUGGGGGUCAAGAGCAAACCCCAGCUCAUCAUCUUGGGUGCAGAACUGAGGGACGUAAUAACAGGAUCGGAGGGCAACAACAGCAUAUCUGACGUGGUGAAGCAGCCGGCCUUCAUCGCCGGUUUGGGAGGGGCCUGCUGGAUUGUCCUCAUGGGCUUCAGUGCCUGGCUGUACUGGAGGAGAAAAAAGAGGAAGGGACUCAGCAAUUAUGCAGUUCAGUCCUUCACCUUCACUCGAGCAGUCACUUUCCAAAGAGACAGAGGCCUGAUCAGAAACGGAAGCCGUCCGGGGCUGCUGAAAGCGGGUGAUCCAGGGCUCCCCUGGUUGGCUGACUCCUGGCCUUCGACAAGCCUCCCAGCUAACGGGGGCUUAGGGAGUCCGAAGGGCGGCGGCAACUUUGGUCGAGGAGAUGUAUUGCCGUCUGCAGCCGUGGAGAAAACGGGCACCAUGCUGUCUGAUGGUGCCAUCUAUAGCAGUAUUGACUUCAUGGGGAAGGCAGGCUACAGCAGCCCAGCGCGAGGCAGCCAGCCCACCCCCUACGCCACCACUCAAAUACUCCAGUCCAACAGCUUCCACGAGCUGGCUGUAGACAGGCCAGAUCCCCGCUGGAAGGCUUCGCUCCAGGCCCAGCAGGAAAUAGCAAACCUGGGCUACUCGCUAACUGACAGACGCCCUGGCAGUGGUGCAAAGGUUGGGAAGAAAAAGAAGGUGAAGAGUGGAACAAAAACCUCUAAAUCAAAUGGGACAUGUUGGGCUAACAUGCCCCUGCCUCCACCACCCAUGCACCCGCUCCCUGGUACGGAGGUUGACCUUGACCGUUACCCCCAGGAGAACCACGGAGGAGGGUAUGACAGCAACAGUUGGGCUCCGCCCAUGUCUGUGCAGACCUACCGACACCAGACUUUGGAUGAUGAGUUACAGGAUGAGAGAGGUCCCACUCCUCCUCUCAGAGGAAGGUCUUCCUCGCCGGCAUCGGCUCCCUUCAGCCAGCCCUCGUCAUCCUCGCUCAGCUCUGCCCACCAUGAAGAAAUGCAGUCCAUUCUGCAGGCCCACCUGGAUGAGCUCACCAGAGCCUAUCAGUAUGAGGUUGCCAAGCAGGCAUGGCAUAUGAAGAGCAGUCCCAGUGUGUCCAACACCCCGGUGGACUUCAUGUCCAGUACACUGGGCUCUGAUUUAGGUGCAACCCUUCUUUCUGAAGAAGACGAGGAGGAGGAUGAAAGAUACGCUGUGGUGUCAAAGAACUUGUGUGGCUUUGAAUACACUCCCGGUCACAGUGUGGAUAACCUCGAGGGCUCAGGUAAAGGCUCCCAGCAGUGUCACUCGGACGGCUUUGGCACAGCAGACCACGGAGCACCGGGCACACAUAGCCUUGGACACAAGAGGGCACCACUCACUGGCCACAAACCUCAGACAGAGAAGGUUGGAACUCUUCCCAGACGAAGAGACACCAACACAGACGCCCACACACCGGCUAUAAAGUCCCUGCACAGCAUGGGUGCCCACAUGCACAGCUCGUGGGCAGCUGCAGCCUCGGACCCCUCUGAGGAGUGCAUGGUGACCGUGUCGACGCUGGAGAGGCAGCAUAUGGCUUCCUGGAGUGGCACAACAUCAUCCGGCAGGGCCACCCUGAGUAGGGGUUCCCACAAGAGACCUGGCACAGAAGCCUCCCACAACGGGCAUCCUUCCACACACUGCACAGAGAAAAGGGAACACUAGUCUAUGUGAAGCAGUUGCUGCCUGUCCCAGGACACCUUGUUCAUAAAGCGCCAUGAGAUUCUCUCUCUGCAAGUGACACAGAAUGAUUUUGAGAAGAUGGAGAAGAGGCAGAGCGGAGACAAAGAGACAAACUUGUGCGGUAGAAAAUUCAGAGCUGUAAAUGUCAUGUACAGGCACAGACACCACUCUCACCGUGUUAUUUUCAUCCCCCCUCCCCCAUUCAAAAGAGUAAACAGUAUAUAUGUCCGCUUCUAUUUUCUGUCACAUGGUGUACAAGAGUUCACACAGUGGAGGUGAAGACGAGAACACACUGACUAAUUAAAAAUGAAAAAAGGACUUGCAUCAUUUGUAAAUAUAUUUUUUAAAUGUAUUUCUCUUUGUUUUGCUUCGCUAUGCAAGCCAAACCCGAUGUUGUCUCUUUUGUGAUUUAUUACUGUGAAUUUUUUUUUUUUUUUUGAUAAUGCUCAAAACAUUGGCUUAUUUUGAUGAAGCUUCUUGUACUUUGCACAGAGCAAUUUUUUUUGUUUUUUUGUUUUCGGUGAAAAUAAGCACAAACUCAUUGUCAGCCGAGCUGAGGAGAAGAAUCAUAAUGGCAAAGAGGAGCGUGUAUGUUAAACACAACACAAACAGAAGCUAUAUACCCGGAUGUGCUGUAAUUGUUUUAAGAAAUAAUAUACUGAGAGUCACGCGAAAAGAAAGAAACACAGGUAAAUACAUGGAACUGAUAUGCCAAAAUAACUGUGUUUUCAUACUUCUUGCUGGGAAUCCUAUUAUGCAUUAUACUAACGACGGUUCUCAGCGAGUAGUUACCACAACAUUUUCACGGCAACGAAGCAACUGAUCACUUGUGAUAUCCAAAGCAAAGGCAUAGGAAAAUAAUGUAAGUACUUCUCAGCCAUUCCCAAAAAGAAUAUGAAUACUGUAUAUUUGUUUCUUUUUCAGCUACAUCCAGUGAAAUGAUAAUGAGUGCAAUAUUCAAAGGACGAUAUGACAGUAAAGGGAAUUUGUGGAAAAGUCACAGAUGUGUUUAAAACGUCCCGAUGUCACCUGCAGACAGACGGGACGCAAGAUUUAAUGACAGCUAUGUGUGAUGUUAAACAUCCAAGUAACUAUACUGCUCUCAAUUGUUGUAAUGUACUACACUGCUGAAUGGAUUUACACUGUCAUCUUGCAAAGAUGUAUAGACUUGAAUGCCAAAUUUGAAGAUGUUCUUGCAAAGUAAAAAAGAAAAAAAGAAAAAACCUUUUUCCGCAUUUUCUGCCAAUGAGAUUCUGAAUGCGACGUCUUUACACCCGUCCGGAUGGGUAAUGCUGGUCAUUGUUCUGGUGGCUCUCCCUCUGAAGAAUCUUUACAUGCCAGAUUGUUUUUUGCCCUCAGGAAUACACAGCCACAUACAGUAGUAGGGCAGUUUUUUCAGUCCUUUGAUGCAAAAUAAAAUGUGUACGUGAAAACGAA